GUGUACGUGCUCGCCGCCAUAUUAUGCGGAUGUGCAAUGGAUGCCUCUCGCGAUAAGAUAAAAAUUCACUCUUUACAAAGCUCUAAAAAUCGAGUUGACAGCUAUUAAACUAACUGACAGGCCGUGUUUUUUUCUUCAUGGAGAAAAAAGAGCCGGAUUGGCGGACGAAGCAUGUUUCGUUAUCGGAUCAACUUUGGUACAUGUACCAAAACAAAAUUCACACGGACAUAACAAUUUACGCAAGUAACGGAUACAAAAGCCAGACCUAUUACUGUCACAAGAUGAUAUUGUUGCGGCUCAGCCCAGUAUUCGAAAAGCUUAUAAAUGGGCUGCCGCAAAACACCGACAUCCUCAAUAUGUCAGCCCUGCGGCCUGACCUGUUCUCCCUACUAAUCAAAUUCGCCUACACCGAUCAGAUAAAACUAAAAUCGAUUGCUGAUGCCGCAGAAUUAUUCAAUUUGAGCAAACUGUAUGACGUUCAGAGGCUGAAAACGUUUUGUCUACGUUACGUUGAGGACAAUGUCAACUCCAGUAGCGUUUGGGACGUUCUGAACUUCUUGACCGAGCUUAACAAGAAAGAGAAAUCAAAUAUGAUCAAAAAGAUUGAUGUGGUGUUGGUCGGACAAACGGGUGCUUGUCUGGAGUCUGACGGAUUCCUUGAGUGCAAGCAGUCGUCGCUGUUGCAUCUCCUAAAAAUGGAUUGCCUGACUCUUGACUCGGAGCUGCCCAUUUUAUACGCCGCGCUGCGUUGGUUGCAACGCUGGAAUUUUGGUGCCAAAUUGACUCCAGAGAAAUCCAAAGAACUCCUGGGUCCCUGUCUCGCCCACAUUCGGUUUCUCAGUCUGUCCGCGCAAGAGUUUUCAGACAACGUCACCAGCUCUGGUCUUUUGUCCGAUUCGGAAAAUCUUUCAACCUUAAUCAGCAUUACCACCAAUGACGACACCAAAGCACCCGAGUGGAUGAACAAAAACAGGAGCAUUAGGACAAUGUCUCAGCAAGAUCCAAAAGAGCAGCCAUCGACCUCUCUGGCUGACGGUGCAUUUCCAAAUAAGGGACCAAAGAGCAGGGUUUUUAAGAAACAGACACCUCAAGCCAAGCCUAGACCUUUUGGGAACCAAAAAUUUGCAAAAAAAUCUUUUAGCAAGUCCUGUGAAAAUUUGGAAGUUCCGCAGUUGACAAUUAAAUUCAGAAAAUUUGACUCUGUCAAAGCUGAGGGCAAAUGGAAUAUAUCCACGGCGCAGUUUGCGUUUGACCGAGACAUUUUCAUUGGUGCCGUUCUGAUGUCGCUUGUCACUGAAUCAGCUAAAGGACCUGCAACGGACCACCUGCGUGUAAGAAUUUCCGAGUGGAAAGGACCGCAACUGGCAGUCGCUGACUUCAGCAAAAUCAGCCUUCCGUCAAAAUCAAUUCUGAAUAUGCCCGUGGGUCUGAAAGGAGGCACCGAUUAUGUUGCUGUCAUCUACACGCUGCCCACGUUCCCGCUAGUUGGCGUAAAAAGAAUGGAAAUAGACUGUAACGAUGGUUCACUUAAAAUAUGUUUGUAAUUUAAACGAAAGUGUAUCAUUAUUCUUUUGCUCUAAUAAAGAAAUACAACAUGCAAAAAA